GUAACAUCAAUAAAUGCGAAAUCUGGCACGGUACGCUUCUUCUCCAGAGAGCUGGUUAUAUGGCAGAAGCAGGCAACUGUCCUUUGAAGGCGUACCAGCACAGUGACCUAGGAAUCAGUAGAGUAUGAAAAUCAAGUUUGUGUCGUUGAUAUCCAGGGAUAACCGGCCCCUCUACAUACAGUCGUUCGUUUCGACGCAGAACGAGAAGUCGCCAUCGUCAGAUGCCACUACGCCUGAGGAGAUGAACGAGCUAUUGAAGUACAACUUCCUUUCACAUAUGUCACUAGAUGUUUUUGAGUCACCGUUUGCUCCGAUUGGGACGCACUCGGCAAAAGGGAAGCCGACUCUUUUGUUCGUUCAAGACGGGGUCCUUGUGUACGGAUCGGAGACUCUUACGGGGCUCAAGGUUGUUGUUGGCUGCAGCCGAUAUAACAGAGAGGCUGAAAAGGGUACGGGGAAAGAGCCUGAGGCGGAAGAAGGGUCGACGACGGUGGCUGCUAAGGUGAGCAGUGAGAAGAGUCUGGGUAACUUAGACGGGUUUGUCGACACCGACGUGAUUGAGCUUUCCGACUUGGAUUCGGUCACAACGGCGAUACGCAAGGAGUACCUCAGGUACAGCUGCAACCCGUUCCUGGAUCCGAAGGAGGAGACGGAGAUCAAUAGCGAAAAGUUCGACAGACAAAUCAAGCGUAUAGUGGACGGGUUUAAUUCGGAGAGCGUCUGAUGUAGUACGAUAUAA